AUAGCGGGCUACAGCAACAACAGGAAACAUGUCGGCGACAGGAGUGUAACUAAAAUCUUUCCUGUCUCAUAUGAGUUUGGCCCCCCUGCGAGCAGGGCGAUAACUUAUACCGCGAUAUUACGCUUCGUAUGAUUUCUGACAACUGACGAUAUUUAAUAAUUAUUUUGAUCCGGUGCAAUAUGUAAUGUAAUGUUAUUAAAUAAGAAGAAGCAGAGAUGCAAGACAUUUGUGAAAAUAUUCGUACAGCGAUUGAACAUGGACGUACUGAUAUUAUCAGAUCCAUUUUAGAAGCGUGUGAAAAUGGUCCUACGGCUGAAGGAAUAACAAAAGAUAAAAUAUUGAAUCAACCUCUCUUAGAGGAAGGAACUUUUUUAUCAUAUGCAUCCAAGACAAACCAAGCCGAUAUCGUAAGGACUUUGUUAAAUUGUGGAGCAGAUCCUGCUGUACAAAAUGCAAAUGGACAUAAUGCUGUUGAUUUAGCAACUAGCGAUAUAAUACGUCGUAUUUAUAUUGAGGAAUUGCUAAGGGCAACUGCUGCUUCUGAAAUAGAGAAAGUAAUACAAUUACUAGAUGCAGGAAUACAUGUAAAUUCCUGGGAUUCACAAGGUAGUAAAAACACACCGUUGCAUUGGGCGGUUUGUUAUGGGAAUAAAGAUGUCAUUACCUGCUUGAUUGACCGAGGUGCAGAUAUAAAUGCUGAGAAUGGAUGUGGCGCUACACCAUUGCACGAUGCAAUAAAUCGUGGUGAUAUAGCUAUAUGUCAUGAGUUAUUACAAGCUGGAGCAAAUCCUCUUAUAAGAGCUGUAAAAGGAACAUUUGCGGGAAAAACGCCAUAUGAUCUUUCUCGUGGAAAACAGACCUUGCAUAGCCUUCUUCAAAAAUUUUUAUCCAAUUUCACAUCAAAUGACAAUGAAGCUAUGCAUAGUCCAAUUGGAUUGUUUUCAGAAGGAAAUUUUUCUCAAAAAAGUAUUUCAAGCAAUAUGAGCCAACUCUCCAUUGAAUCUAGUAAAUCUUCUGAACCAGUAUACGAUAUUCCAUUACGAGAAUCGGGAAAAGACAGUCCUAACAAAACUGUUACAGAAAAAGAAGGAAUUUAUUACUUACUUUGGCCACAACCAAAGACUAUCUGUAAACUUAAGAAUUUUUCACCGCCAUUUGUCAUUGGCAAAGAACUUUUUAUAUCCAUUAUACAGGGCAGUGAGUCCAUACACAGAAUAUUAGAUGUUUGGGAAGUUAGCAGAACACACUUAUUGGAGUUAGGUCAUGAUGUAAAAAUAGGCGAAGUUCAACCUAGCUCUGGAAAAUUAUGUUGCGAAAACAAAAUAGAAUGUAUAGUGAACAAAAAUUUGUUCAAUGUUUCUCAUGGCUAUCAAUUACAUAUUUCUCAAAACUCGAUUAAAGUUUGUGCUGGAAGUUUACCAGGGUUACAUUAUGCAGUAUGCACAUUUGUGCAAAUAUUACGUUUAAGUAAAAAAGAUAAUACAUCUGAAACAUGUGAAAUAGAACCUGUUCUCAUAAAAGAUGAACCAAGAUUUAUACACCGUGGAAUAUUGUUAGAUAUUUCACCAAGAGGUCGCAUACCCACUUUAGAAUAUUUAUUACACAUGGUUGACUUAUGGUCAUCAUUAAAAAUAUCUCAUCUACAUCUCUACUCUAGACUAACAUCAGCUUGUGACUGGCAACUUUGUUAUUCUAAAUCUGAAAUGGUUACACUAGACAGAUACUGCAGAGAUCGUCAUUUAGACUUAGUACCAACAUUGGAUGUAGAUUCCAAUGUAGGACAACAUCAUCUCACACAAAUGUGGCCUAUUUUUCAAGAAUUACUUGCUGUAUUUCCUAGCUUGAGUUAUGUACAUGUUGGACCAAGAUUGGCUAGUUUAUUAGUUCAACCGGAUAACUUCGAUCAGAAUUUGUCUGUAAAUGAAACUAUAGAAACAGAUAUGUCAGAGGUAUAUAAAUCGUAUUCGUGCCUUCAAGAGUUAUGGCACAUUCUGAAUUUGAAUUCAAGCACAACUUUACUACUUUGUUCUAAUGGAUUACAUUCCAAAUUAGAAUUUCAUUACAUUCCUUCAAAUAUUAUUCUCGUUGAAUAUGGAUUUCAGGCAGAUUAUGAUUUUUCUGAAUGGACAGAAGCAUUUAGAAUAGCGGGUGGUAAUAUUUUGUCGAGUUCAGGAACAGCAAGUUACAAUAGCUUAGCAGGAUGUCCAGCAUCUACAUAUAUGAAUACAAAAAAUGCAAUCAAAGCUGCUCUUGAACAAGAUUCUAUCGGUAUAGUGGUUGCUCAUUGGUCCGGAAGUCACCACCUAACUCCUCAUCCUUUUGCUUGGAUUGGAUAUUUAAUUGCAGCAGGAAUGUCGUGGAAUUCAAGCACAGAUAUAGAUAUAGGAAUUGAUGAUAAUUAUGACGUGCCUGAGGUAUCCGGAUUAAUUAGACAAAAACAUAUUACUAAAUUACUAGAUAUUCACAUUUUUCAAGAUUCAGAAUAUAAAAUCGGAAGUGCAAUUUUAGAAUUAGGCAGAUUAGAUACAUUAGUAUUAACCUUAAGUAAAAAUCAAUCGGCAAAAGAUUUACAACAAAUACCUGACAAUCGUGGAUCCACUUUAUACAGAUUAUUAACAGAUCCUGAUAAUGUCAAUUUGGAAUAUCUUUCAGCUGAUCUGUUUGCUAAAAUGACAAAACAGAUUAAACGUAUCUCUCAUUCAUUAUAUGAAGGAAACUUAUCCUCCAAAUUUGCAUCAAUGGAAAUUCAGGAACUUCAAUUAACAGCUGAUUUAAUGCUCACAGCUUGUAAAAUUGGCCGAACACUAAUUGCCGUGGGUAUUAAUCCAAACAGUAAUAUGGGUCUUGCAGUUAUCAAUUUAGGAGUAUGCAAUUUACCACCCACUUUUAGAACUGAUAUAGCUAAUAAAAUGUUAGCUCAUAUAGAACAAUAUAAAGGUUCUUGGUUACAAAGGCAUUUACCUCAAGGCCUUCAAAGUUCAUUAUUGGUAUUAACUAGUACUUUACAUAGGUUUGUACCGGAAACAUAAUUUAUUAAAAA